AGUGCUAAGAGUCACCAGCUGCUGCCUGGGAGACCCAUGCUUGGUAGAGGACUUAAACGCAAGUUUAAUGACUGUGAAGAGACCAUGACUGACUUUCCUUGUGCCUCAGAUUGCAACCGAAGCAUGCCAUACAGUCAUCAAAGGCAGCUAGUGCUCAACAUGUGCCUCAACAAGCUGCAAAGCUAUAAAAUGCUGGCGGAGCCGAAUCUGCACCGCUCCGUGCUCAUAGCCAAUACAGUUCGUCAGAUUCAGGAGGAAACGAGGCAGGAGGCCAGCCAGCUGCCGGGGAUUGUGGGUCAUGAUGUUACCUCCAACGGUUUAUUGUACACAGGAAGUGAAUUCCUGGAGAGCUCCUUAAAUCUGCCUUUAGGAAUCAACGCCGACUUUACAAAGGAUCCCUGGCCCAGUGAGAACCCGGCGGAAAAUCUGAUGGAGGUCACAGAUGAUGACAUGUCUUCUGCCAUUUCAUCGAUUCUCAAGGAUCUAGACUUUGUGGAGGACACCAGCCCUAAUCCCUCGCUGGGCCCUGUUGCGGACGAGCCUCCGAAACCUGUGGAAAGUGUCCUCAAAGCCGAAAAACAAGAGGCGAGAGGAGCAGAGUGCGCCUUUGGUUCUUUCGAACUUACAAGCUCUACCAGUUACUUAAAAGAUUUCUCCGCGGAUGACAUUUUUGACGACAUCGAUACGUCAAUGUACGACUCGGAUGUUGGCUUUUCUUUCUUGGUUUCCCCAAGGAUGCAGCCUACCUUCGAAGAACCUCUAAAACUAUAUACAACGUGCAAUAAUUCCUCCAACAACAACAUGCAAGUAUGCAGGACAGAUCUCAACGAUUUGGACCACAUUAUGGAAAUUUUAGUUGGAUCCUGAUCAU